AUGUAUGGGCUGAUGCAUAUCUCUUUCCUGGGUUUUGUGCUGGCCUUAGCUACAACCGGUGCAGCAAAGAUGACCACUGUCGGGUUCGAGACAACUGAAGGAAGCUUCGGGGAAAGUGUUCCCCUGAACGAAUGCCAUAAUGUUCAAGUGGAGGAUACAAUAGCAGUCUACGUUUCGCAAUACUGCCGAGUUUUCAUUGGCCAAGAAUGUACUGGUCGACAGAUACUGCUCAACCCUGGCGAGCACCCCUCCAAGUGGCCUAUUCCUAUGAUCAACAGCGUAGUAGGAUUCUUUCUGCUCUCGAGGUCCGCUGUCGCUGAAGCUGGUGACGAAGUUCCAAGGCCAACGCGCGUACCAGGUGCUGGUGGUGUGAACGCCACCUCCAACUACGUUACAUCUCAAGAUUUGAUGGCAGCAAACUUCCUAAGCGCAUCACACGGUCCUUGUCGACCAUUUGACGGGCCAAAAGAUGGAUUCAGCCGAGGGGGCCGCGGAUUUGUCCUGUUGAAGAGGCUUAGCGAUGCUGUAGCUGAUCGUGAUAAUAUCCUUGGGGUCAAUUCUGGGUGUGCCACGAACCAAAAUAGCAAUACGAGCACUAUCACCGUUCCUGAUUCCCAGUCUCAAGUUGACGUAUACCAACGCGAGUUACAGGCGGCAGGCCUGAAUCCACCAGAUGUCUCGUUUGUGAAAGCUCAUGGCACCGGAAGAGCGCAUGGGGAUCCUAUCAAGUGCAUCAGACAAGUAUUCGGCGGACGUGAUCGUGGCACGCUGCUUUGCAUGGGAUCAUUGAAAGCCAUUAUUGGGCACACCGGGGCCGCUUCAGGCGUUGCAAUCAUACUCAAGGUAUUGUUGAUGCUCAAGCAUCGUGAGAUUCCUCCACAAGCGAACUUUGCCCCGUUGAAUCCCACAAUACCAUCUCUUAACAAUGACCGCAUCGUCAUUUCAACCGACCCAGGAGGUGGAAACAGAGGUUUUGUGCUGCCAGCAUUAACAGCCAUGGCGCCUCAGGGAAUAAUACCACCAUGGUGGUAUGCCAGCCUCCAAAGCCAAAGUCGCAGAUCAAUCCUCAUAUCUCGCAACAAUCUAUUCGCUUCCGAAAGGUUUGCUGAGCGAUUCAGCAUCUGUUAA